AUGGCUAUGGGUGGUAGUUCUAAUGAUAUACCUGAUGAUGAUUUUGAUGAGAACAAACCAUUGUGGAAGUAUAUAACUAAAUUAGCAAAACCUAGGGAAGGAAGAGGAAAUUGCCAAUUACAAUGUAAUUUUUGUAAUAAUACUUUCAAAGGUUCAUAUACAAGAGUAAGUGCACACUUGUUAAAACUCCCAAGAAAGGGAAUUGGUGCUUGUAAGAAAGUGACAAGUCAAAAACUUUCACAAUUGCAAAAUGAGAAUGAUGCUGCUAAACUGAGAAUUAAAAAUACUCAUCCCAAAAAUGUACCAUUGCCUUCUUCUAGUGUAUCAGUGGGUAGUAGUAAUGCUUAUGAAUCAAAGAAGAGGAGAACAUGUGGGAGUGGGAGUGUUAUUGAGAAAGAUGUUCUACGCAGGGGAGAGGGGGUACCAUUUAAUCUUGUAAGAAACCCUUACUAUGUUAGCUCUUACACAUUUGCUGCAAAUCAUAAUAUUCCCGGAUAUUUGCCUCCCGAUUAUAAUUUGUUACGAACCAAAUUACUUCAAAAGGAGAGGGCAAAUAUUGAUAGAUUGUUGCAACCAAUUAGGGGCACAUGGAAGGAAAAAAAGGUGAGCAUUGUUAGUGAUAGUUGGAGUGAUUCUCAAAGAAGGCCUUUGAUUAAUUUUAUGGCAGUGAGUAAAAAUGGGCCUAUGUUCAUUAAAGCAGUUGAUUGUUCUGGAGAAACUAAAGACAAAUAUUUCACUGCAAAUUUGAUGAAAGAAGUAAUUAAUGAGGUUGGGGCAAGUAAUGUGGUUCAAGUCAUCACGGAUAAUGCUCCUAAUUCUUUGAAAAAUAUUUAUACCGCAAAGAAUGUUGAGAGGAAUGAAGUCACAUAUGAAGAAUGUAGUUGGAUUAGUGACAUUAUCGAAGAUGGUUCGAUAAUUAAGAAUUUUAUCUCUAAUCACUCAAUGCGAUUGGCUAUAUACAAUGAAUUUGUGUCAUUGAAGUUGCUUUCGGUUGCCGAAACACGAUUUGCUUCCACAAUUGUUAUGCUCAAGAGGUUAAAGCUUAUAAAACGUGGUCUUCAAGCAAUGGUAAUUAGUGACAAGUGGAAUUGUUAUAGAGAGGAUGAUGUUGGGAAGGCAAAAUUUGUAAAAGAAAAGAUUUUGGAUGAUGUGUGGUGGGACUACGUUGAUUAUAUUCUUUCCUUCACGGGGCCUAUAUAUGACAUACUUAGGGCUUGUGAUAUGGACAAACAUUGCCUUCACUUCGUAUAUGAUAUGUGGGACACAAUGAUAAAGUGA